AUGUCAUCAACUAACAAUGAAACACCAUCGUCUUCGUCUGUCGUUGUCGGAGGAAAUUCUAUUACUGAUCCAAAGUCAUUGUUCAAAUAUCCUACCUAUGAAGAUUAUUUGGAUGAGAAAAUAACAACUAAAGAUUUGUUUUACCUUGAAAAUCAAGAUCUUGCAAGAGCCAUCAUUGAGAAUGAAUUUAAGAGAUAUAACAUUUUGUCAAGGGAACAAUUUGAAGAACAGAAAAAAAAGUACAUGUUGAGCUUGACUGUAAAAACUCCUUCUUUGAGCACUGGCAUGAUGGGCUCUGGAAACGAUUCGAACAAAACUGAUCGGUUAUGUUCCUUUGGAAAAGAUUUGAGGAAUUAUCCUCUGCUAAAUGAACUGGCAAAGCGUGAAGCCAAAGUAAGAAGUGGAAGACUGAAUACCAUAAUUUUCAUUCGAGAUUAUGACAAGAAAGGGAAUGAAGUCAGUGGAUACAUUGAUUAUGGACACCGUCUUAAAUCUGAAGAUUUUGAAGAGUAUUUCAGUUUAAAAAAAAGGUUAAUGCCGAAAACAUCCGAUCUCAGUUAUUACAACUGGAAAACACAAACAGUUUCAUAUAACAAUAGUUCAACGUUUCAGGUUAUUGCGAACAGUGAGAACGGACUGUUCUUUAGACACAGACGAGAUAGAAAAGUUAUUAGCGUCGAUCCUAAAAGCAAUUCUGACGGCACCCUGAACGGGGACAACUCAAUUCUUCAAGACACGAGCGUUGGUGACAACAGUGAGAGAAGAGUGAUCAAAACCGAUGAAUAUCUGCAGGUUAUUCUUUACGAACACAGGCCUAGACGAAAAAAUUAG